GUUUAGUAAGUGUUACAAAUGUGUAUGAGCGUAUGUUGUAACUAUGAGUGCUGUAAUGGUGACGGAAAAGUGCAGAAUGUAUAUGAGCUGCACACAAAUUAUUGAACGUGCUAAUGUAAAUGUUACUAUAUAAGGUGCUCGAGGUGGUUUUACAGGCGAUUGUGGCACAGUGGUGAAGAUGCGACGGCGUUUAUUCCCGGCUUUUUUCGGCAUUUGUUCACAAAAUAUGAAAGUAAAAGAAAUUAAGCGAUCCAUUGGGGUGUUACAGUCACAGACGUGGGUGCUAUAAAUGUAUAUUAUGCAUAGUGCUAAGAGGCAGGCUAAAUAUAUUGCGAAGUAUUUGCUGUGGAAACAUUUUAGUCUAAAGCUUUUGACACCUUGUAUGGCAUAAAUGAGUGCCAUUACGUCGGAAAAGACGAAAAAAACAACGUGGAACUUCUUUUUCCAUCCAGUGACUGUGUUUUUAAUUGACGAGUUCUCAUCCCACGCACAGGUGUGAGAAGUAAAGUCAUUUGGUCAGAUUUAACAAAAUGAAUAAUGUUGAUGGAGUAAAAAACGCCUAGAGUAUUUACAGUAUUUGUUAUUCAGUAAAUUGUUUAUUUUGGCUGAGAUUCCAAAAAACAAGCUGCCACAAUGGAUGAAUCAAAUGAUAUUUUGGUUUGCGCAUCUGAGUACAUUAAAGAUCGGUUAUAUUUUGUUACACUGCGUACUAAUGUGAAGCCGAGGUCAACUGCGAACACUCAUUAUUUCAGUAUAGAUGAGGAGCUUGUAUAUGAAAACUUUUAUGCUGAUUUUGGGCCUCUGAAUUUGGCUAUGCUGUAUAGAUACUGCCAGAAAGUCAACAAGAAACUGAAAUCAUUUUCUCUGGCAAAGAAGAAGAUUGUUCAUUACACAACAAUGGAUGUCCAAAAGCGUGUCAAUGCUGCCUUCUUAAUUGCAUCGUAUGCGAUAAUUUAUUUGAAGAAGAAGCCCGACGAGGCCUAUCGACCAUUGGUUGGUGGGAAUAAUCCUCCAUUCUUACCUUUCAGGGAUGCUUCAUUCGGGAUAGCAGUGUAUAAUAUCAGCCUUAUUGAGUGCUUGUGGGCAGUGUACAAAGCUUUUAGCAUGGGAUUUUUCAAUUUCGAAGAUUUUAAUGUGGAUGAAUAUGAGUACUAUGAGCGUGUUGAAAAUGGUGAUUUGAACUGGAUUGUGCCUCAAAAAUUUAUCGCUUUCUGUGGUCCUCAUGCAAAAACAAAAAUAGAAAACGGGUAUCCUCUCCAUUCACCAGAGACAUAUUUUGCAUACUUUCGUCAAAACAAUGUGAGCACAGUUGUGAGAUUGAAUAAGAAAAUUUAUGAUGCCUCUAGAUUUACUGAUGCCGGGUUUGAACACAAAGACCUAUUUUUCAUUGAUGGAAGCACACCAAGUGAUCAAAUAUUAAGGCAGUUUCUACACAUCUCAGAGAAUGCUUCAGGUGCUGUUGCUGUUCAUUGCAAAGCUGGAUUAGGUCGAACAGGAUCCCUUAUAGGCUGUUACAUCAUGAAACACUACAGAUUCACUGCCCACGAAACAAUUGCUUGGAUUAGAAUGUGUCGCCCAGGCUCUAUUAUUGGACACCAACAACAGUGGCUAGUGGAGAAGCAGACACAAAUGUGGAUGCAAGGAGAUACAUACCGACAACAAAAAAUGGAAAACAGUUUUCCUAAACAUGCAUAUGGCAUAUACAGUAUGAAAGGUGUAGCUGCUCAUUUACAGUGCAGUCACAGUCCAGAAGUAAUUAAGAACAACAUAAAGCCACCUGAUAAUGUGUCCCGUAUUUUACAAAAGGUUGAUACAAUGAAACUGGAUGAUAAAGAAGAUGAAAAUAAAAAUGAAAGAUGUUGCAGACGGAGAACAAAAGUAAUGGAGGAUGCAACAAAUCAAAAUAACGAGGAACCAGCGUCUGAUAUCCCUCUAACACAAGGUGAUAAACUAAAUCAGAUAAAGGCAUUUCGGAGGCAUCCCAGAUCUGUGACUACUGGUGCUGUACACUUAGAAGAUGGAAGGCCACACACGAGAGCGAAAUCUCAGCCUUUGAGAAGUGGGCAGCCAGCCCAGUCGCAGGCAAUACUUUCGCCCUUAAAAGCAACUAAAGUCAGCACAGCUAUAGUGGUCUCUCAUAACAAAGACAAAGAUGUUGUACCAUCAAAAAGGCCGUCAAGGACUCCUUCGUCAGUUACGAAAAGAAAUACCUGGCUUCUUAAUUCAAUGUACGGAUCCAAUCGAUCAUUGAAUAUAAGCAAGGUAAAUCUUGCUUCCCACCCUAUAAGACCAGUUACCCGUGCUGCUGCAAAGUCUACACCUGCAACAACCUCUAACCCUUCCUCCCCAGCAUCGAGCCUCGAUAUGACUGUACGCAGCGCGGACCGAGUUAGCAGAUUUCAUACUGUUCGUCAAUUAAAUAAAUAAAGUGUGCUGUCCCCGAUUUGAGUGGCAAGUGCUCGCAUCUCUUCUCCUCGAGCUUGUAAAACAUCCUUCAUGAGAUGACUAACCAGCAUAUCCAGGAAGAAGAGCCAGAUACAUAAUCAUGUUCCAAGUAAAAGUAAGCAGACUGUAAAGAUUAGAGAAGACAGCACUUGGCACGAACGUGCCAAACGCGCCUUGAGUUCCUCUGGAGAAAAACAGUCAUCACGUUCAACGAAAUCCGUCUGUCGUCCACCUGUUAAUACUGAGAAAUGUGGUUCCUUUGCACAUAUUGUGGUUCAGGUUCCUCAGAGUGAAAAUGUAGGUGAUACAUUAUUGGAUUGUAAUGUAGUAUGUGGUCUGAGUGUUUGUGAAGGACCAUUAAAAGCAGAAUGUGAAUCAGAUACUAAAAUUUUGAUGUAUUCUGUCAAAAAAUGAGCAGCAGCUUUUAAUUAAGCAAAAAACCUGAUCAUUUAGAUGUGCACUGGUGUGUACUUAUAGAGAUAAUUCAGUGUACACAUAAUUUUAAAAUAUUUUAGAUAUAAUGUAAUUUGUUUGUGCUCCAACCACCACACAUGUGGAAUUUUAUUGAAGUUUUAAGGAAUCACAGUAUUUUUUAUAUUUGACCUCUUUUAUGUUAUUGACCCUUCCCCCCAUUCUCUCUCUCUCUCUCUCUCUCUCUCUCUCUCUCUCUCUCUCUCUCUCUCUCUCUCUCUCUGUGUGUGUGUGUGUGUGUGUGUGUGUGUGUGUGUGUGUGUGUGUGUGUGUGUGUGUGUGAGAGAGAGAGAGAGAGAGAGAGAGAGAGAGAGAGAGAGAGAGAGAGAGAGAGAGAGAACACAUGUGCUUGCUGUUCUGGCAAAAACAUGGGGGGUUGGAUUUAUUUUUUUAAAGGGAAAAAUGUGGGAGGGAGCAAGUUCUGUGGUGUUGAUCUCACCAUCUGUGACAUCCCAUGAAAGUUCAGUAUUUUGGUACAUGUCCCUCCACCCAUUGCAACUACACGUCUUCAGGUUUCUUAUCAUACUCUAGCCUCUUAGUUUCCUAUAUCCUUCUUAGACCCCUCUUCAUAUCUCCCUGCAUAGACGUUCCUGGAUGUAUUUGUUAUGUACAGGUUUGGUGUAAACAUAUUCUGAUACAUUUCAUUAUUUUUAUUGUUGAUUUAUCAGUGUUCUGCUACUUGCAGGGAAUUUUAAUAUCCUUGUAAGUAUUGUGUACAACUUUUACCAGCCGCCCUUUUGUUGCUUAAAUAAGUUCCACGAGUUACUCUUCCACUAGGCCUACUUAUAUGUCUUCUUAAUAUGUACAUGACUGCAGCCAUUAUGGUUGUACUCAACUAUAAAUUUUCGUUUUAACUGUUGUGAUGUAAUACUGUAAACUAAAUGAAACAUUUCAGCCACUGUUGACCUUUACUAGACAUGGUAAAGUGAAGUACUCUUACAAGUGAUAUCGAUUUUCAUUUGUUACUCCAGUAGUAGCAUGGAUUUUCAACUUUGUGUAUCUUUUUACUGUUCCUUCCCAUGUUCUUUGCAAUGUUAUUUUAAAACUUUUUAAAAGUCUUUUGUAUUUUUGUGGUGCCCUACUGAUUCAUUCCGAAAAAAAUUUAUGUCCUCGACUUGUGGUGGCUUUAUUUGUACUGUGUUUUUUUUUUUUUGUAUAUCUGCUUAUUUUGAUUUAUUAGUUACUAAACACACUUAGUAAUUUUGUUAUUAUUUCAUCUACAAUUAGAUUAAGUCUUUUAUUUACAUGAUUCCUUUGUUUUUUCAUUAUUACUCUAACUUUACUGUGUGUCCGUGCAUGUAAUGUUUCAGUUCUUUCUCCCAUUUAUUUUACAUCUGUGCUUUUUACUUCCAUUGGGGUUCCAUUUUAUCAUGCUACAAUUCAGCUACAACUACUUGUCUCAAUUUUUGCUUUAUUACUUUGCUGCAAAGAACAAAAAUAUAAUUUUUUAUGAGCAGUUUCAUCUUUGAGUUUAGUGCUUCAGUGUGAUGUUCCCCAUGCCACAAUUGAUCCCUUCUAAUAAUGUGAUCAUGUCAGUACCAGUGUAACGAAAUUCAUUCUCCUGCGGUGAUCAAUUUAGCCAUCAUAUUUGUUCAACUAGACAAAAAUUUAGCCCCAAUGCAUAGUUUAAAUGAUUUGGUUAUCACUUUAUAUUUCUAUAUUGUGGUCUUCUACUCCACUCACGGAACCCCAUCCCUCUUUCUCAUAUAACCUUUUAGCAAUAUCACUUACCCCAAUUUCUGCCAUCUUUUUCAUUUCUUCAGUAGCUCAUUCACAUAUAAUAUUAUAUAUUUUGUUGCAUAAUGUAUACGACAGUCAUAUCUUAUGUAUCUUCUUCAUCAUCAUUUUAAUGUCAGUUGAUGUAUUAUGUAAAUUGAAGGGAAAGGGGGAGAAAGGAAAGAAUCUCUCCUGAGUUUUUCCACUUUUUCCUGGUUUGAGUGUACAGUUCUGUUGGUACAUCCUUAUGUUUCACAUUCAUUUCUCAUUUUUCUUUCCCCAAAUAAAGCAUACUCCCCAUUUCAUCAAUUUAUGCUUUUUUUAUGUAUCUCCCAACCCAUACCAAUUUUGCCUUUCAUAUAUGUUUCAUUCACAGUUGGCAUUAUUUCUGUCUGUUCAUGUGUAACCUGACAGAGAUAAAAAGCUGUACAUCGAGCACCUUCACAGGUUAUUUUGUAGUUCACAUAUCCUCCAUGCUACCUGUUUCUGGCUUGUAAGUGGACUAGAUUAUACACUAUUAUUUGUUGACAUUCUAUCUGUGUUUUGCUUGCAAGUACCUUAAAGCUUCUGUACAAUGAAGAAGUGCCGCAGUUUGUGUCGAUCUCAUUUACGUGCAUCCUCCCAUGCUGCCCUUGACAGCCUCCUGUGACUUUCGGGAGAUGUAUUAGGUCAAGAGGGGCACUGUAUAUAUUAUGUGGUUUCAGUUAGAAAAUACAUUGGAUGAUAUCUUCAGUAGUAAAAAUAUUCUACUCUUGUUAUUUCUUUAAUCAAAUUAUUAAUAAUUUUACUUCCUGUUUAUUACCAUGUGGGUAUUUGACAGAAUAUAUUAAUCACUGUCAGGGUGACACAAUAUAAAACUCAUCAUGGUCUUUGUUUUUGUUUUGGGUAAACAGUUUAGAAAAAAAAGGUCACUGAACUUCUUAAACUCACUAAUGAAACUCUCUAUUGAAUAUGUUUCACUUCAGUGGUGUUAUUAAUUCUUGCCAGAACCCUUUUUAGAAGUCUGAGCCAGAGGUCUGUUGAUUUAUUGUUAUAUUUCAGUACACUCAUUUUAUUAUUGACGAUUCAGAAAAAAGGUAAUAAGUUGACUGAUAUUAUAUUGGUAAAAGUAAGUAGGCAGCUAUUUUAAGUAGAAUGAAAAGUAUUAAAGUAUAUUUUUUUGAGUUUGAAAAGGAACAUAAUGUGUGGAAAAACUGCAGAGCUUUGUGAGAGUAUUAUGCAGUAAAUACUGUACUUAAUUUGUUUCCCAAUGAGUUGUACAGGAUGAACCAAAAUUUGUGCCCUCGAACUGCAUACUAACAACAAAUAUGUGUGUAACAAAAUUUCAUCCUUUGCACUUUAGCAGCAGAAAAUGGAUCUCAGAGGAGGCAGUUUAAACGGAAAAAUAUGUGUGGGCCGAAAUUUUGUUACAGACAUUUCUGUACUGUUAGUGUCCAAGUAAUCACUAUUGCAUCAGGGUGCACAUAUUUUGGUUCACCGUGUAUAUCAGCUUAUUAACUUAAUUGUGUUUAGCCAAAGAAACUCUGGAAAUGUUGAGAGCAGCACUGCUGAGGAGUAAUGGCUUCCGUAUGUAGCUGAACUUGAUAUUAGAUUGCAUCACAAUCAAGUGAAGAGGAAAAAAAAGGUUAUUUGUCUGGUGACUUCCAUGCUUCAGCCUGAAAAUUUCACUUCCCUUCAGUCUCCUCUCCCAGAUGAAGGAUUUUUAUGUACUAUUUGGUGGGCUGCAGCCUUUUAUGAUUUUUAACUUUAUCUAGGUGAAAUUUUAUUUUGAUUUAUUCUCUUUAUGUAUACAGAAUGUAUUGUUAUAAAUGGAGAUCUCUGUGUUUAUAUUUUUCAUUAUUGUUUUUAUGACAAGAUUUUUAUAACUUUUUUGUUACUGGGUCCUAAUACACUAAGUAUGUAUUUUUUUUAUUUUAUCCUUUUUUAUCAUUAGCUACAAAAUAAUAAAUCACACUCAUUUGAGGCAAACUGUUAUACACCUAAUUUGACACCUUAGUAUUAUAAGCAACUUGUUUUUCCUAUGGUAUAUAUUUGUAUUGUGUAUUCUAAACCACAAUACAAGAAAAGAAAAAGAGUGUAGAUUUUAAAACAUCUUAGAAAGAUCAGUAAAAAUCAGCUCUAGUUAUAGCUCAUGAUGGCAGUAUCUUAUUGCAGUGAGGAGAACAUAAGUUUUAAAUUCUGUGAAUCUUGGCAGUGAUGACAGCUCAUAGAUACACUUUUAUGUGCCAAAAACAGAAGCAAUGAGUAAGUCAUGAAUAAUAUGACUUAUAAGUUUGUAAUUUUAUGCAGUUGUGGUCAGUGCUUGAUUUGUGACGUUACCCACUGGUGCGUCAUACCAGUACCUGUGACGAAAUGAGAUGUGGUGCGAUAGAAUUUUUGCUGUGAUUGAAGCAGUAAAAAACAAAUCUUGUAUUCAUUCACACUUUUAAAAUGCUUAGAAAAGCAUUAAAAUAGUGUUGUAAAAUGUCUAAAUUAAAAAAAAAAGCCUCCUGGGAGGUCACAGUACCGGAAUCUCUCUUCUUAUUUUUGCAAAUUAAGCAUUGGGUGUGGUAAUAAGGUUACAAAAUCAGAUCUGCUCAGUUUGAAUGAAACUGCUGAAGUGAAACAUCUUAUUUUCCGCAGAAAUAAUUUUGAAAUACUAAGGUACUAUUAUGUUAGUGGAGUCUUUUUGUAACUUCUCAUGUAUGAAUUUUAUGUUUAACCAUUACAAUACUGAGGGGGGGUGGGUGUACUUUGUGCCCACCUUUUGAAAAUAUCAUAAUCUAGACAUGUACUAUAUAUUUUAAAAUUUUGAAAAAAAAGUAAUAAUUUCUUAUACUAGAUUUUGUAAAUGUUUUAAUUCUGUUGGUAAAAUUUAAGUCUGAGUAGUGACUUCACAACAAAUGUCACAUUCAUAUUUUAAGGUUCAGGACCCUUCUUACACAUCAGUAUAUAUUUAAAAAGUGUGUUAUGAAUAAAAGUUAAUGACAUUCUUAUUUUUUUAAAAAUUCUUUAUUGCUUUUGUAAAGUCCCCUUCCCCUUUGUGCACACAUUAUUGAAAAUGCCUCGGUAAGACCAGGCUAAAUGAUAUUUUCAGGUCCUGGACCCUGAUGAUGUUGUCAGUACCAAUUUAAAAAAUAUGUUGUCAAUAAUAAUAAUAAUAAUAAUAAUAAUAAUAAUAAACAUUUUUUUGCAUAAAGUACCCCCCUGCUCUCCUCUUAGUAGUUGUGUUAUGGAAAAUGUGUUGGUAUUGCUGGGGUCAUGGGGAAAAGUGACAAAAGUAUGAAUGCUUUGCUGGUGUUUAUUCCCUUUACAAACUGAUUUUUCACAUAAUACCAUUGUAAACUAGAAACUUGUUUCUGUAAUAAAUAAAUGCCAGUAAAAGAUUCAAAAUGUUGUCAGCCAUUCUUAAAAUUAUUAAUUGUUUGGAAUAUGAUGAUGUUUUAUAGCAUCCCUGUUAUGUGACAUUUGUUAUAUUUUACAAAUUUAACAUUUAUUACCUGGUACUACAGUUAACAGCUUAGUUAAACUGUAUUGUAACCACCUAACUGUCUUAAUUUUGGUAGUAGUCUACCUGGCAAAUUGCUUGCAUUGUUGUGAAGGUAAUAAAAAUGAAAGACAAAUAUACUACUAUGUGUUAACAAGUG